CAUAAGGGAAUCAUGUAUUAAGAAAUUGAGCAGUUUUUAAGCAUAAAUAUGAAGACACUGAAACCAACAGGUUUUAUUCAGGUUUAUUUAAACUAAGUCUCAUGCUGAGCACAAGCACAGCGUCACGUCAGUCUACGGUAUUUAUUACAGAACACUCAUUGUUCUUGAGCUGAAGUCCAUCACCCUUCAGGCUUUCUAAAGAAUAGAGCAGCCAUGGAAACAGCCACUAACUGAGUGUAACAGCGCUUUCCAAACAUGCCACUGUGCUGCAAGAAUGUGACAAAAAUCAGAAGCUAAACUGCUCAGGAAUCAAAUUUAUGCAAAGAAAAUGUGUCAUGCAUGAGUAACUCAAAGAUGACCACUCAUGAAAAGACAAUCAGCAAACAGCAGAGACCAGCUCUCAGAAUCCCAUUUGGUAGUCGGCGUAGAACAGAUUUAUUGCUUCUCAAAAAUGGUCAAAUGGUGUCGAAACACCCACAAGCCUUUCCAAUGCUGGGAGAACUUCCUUCAUUAGCAGGCUUGUUGCUCUACCCUGAUAAGCGGGAAAAGAUGGUUACCACAACAGAAAGAGAAUUUGGACCCAAAACAUGCCCAAAGGUAGAGCCAAAGAAGAUCCUACAGUGCAACCUAACUCUAGACGGGGACAGGAGCUUCAGCACAACAAACAGGGAGGAUUACCCUUCUUAUAACCUAGAUGGUGCUCCAAUUGCGUGGCAGGGAAGAGUCCCAGCAAGAGACAACAGGGCUGGCCAAGCACAGAGAUGUUCUCUUUACCAGCAGGACUUCCCGGUCCCAAAGAGAAUCUAUGUUAGGAGAAAUCAGGUCGUACCUCAUCCUGACAACCUGGCGAUCAACACUUCAAUGAGGCAAGUAUACAACCACUGA